AUGUAUAACCGACUGAAUGACCCCAUCUUAGCACGAUAUAUUCGAGUUGUGCCGGUGGCAUGGGUUAACCACAUAACUAUGAGACUGGAAAUCUACGGUUGCCAAGGUACUCUUUUAUUUAUUAUAUCCAUUUUGAAAUCACUGGUGAUCCCUGCAAUCUGCUUCGCUCUUAGUAGAGAAUAGUUUACUGACGAGUCACACUAUUUUUUUUGCUCUCAAUCAUAUUCUAAAUCACAUCAUUCAUGUUCUAAAUCGCAUCAUUUCUGUUCUAACUUGCACCAUUUUUGCUCUAUAUCGCAUCAUUUCACUUGAGAACAGACUUGACCAAUAAGAAAUGGAACUGAGCCAUGUGCUCCAAAGCAUGGUCUACACCACACUUGAGAACACACUUGACUAUUAAGAAAUGGAAGCCAUGUGCACGAUGUGCACGUACAACGGAGAGAUUGCGUUUUACUGAUUGACUGCUUUUUCUUCAAGUAGUAUACUAUGUCAACAAGUUUGAAGCCAUGUUUCCUACAGAACGACUCAAGAUUUCCAAGUGCACUUGAAUCAAGCUCUUACUUGAUACUAACUUCGCUUCUAGUGUGAAGCCAACAAACAUGAUCAACUUUUCAUAGUAUUAUACAAACAUACUAACAUACAGUCAGUUUAUGUAUUUAAUCACUCACAGUUGUUGCCGAAAAAAAGACGUCCUUUUCAUUUCCGGACUCAGAUGUAGGAAAUACAAUUUGUUUUUAAUUUUGACAUGAGAAGCAAAUUUAACCCUUUAAGUCGCAAGAGUGACUAACAUCAAUUUUCUCCUAACAAUACCGAUACAUAAUCGAGAGGAAACUUAUAAGAAUUAAAAAAAUUAACAUCAAAGGGAAAAAUGCUUUGAUCUUUAAACAACAAAGAGGGUCGUGAAGGGGUAAAAUGGGAACUGGGGUUAGCCUUAUUGUGGACUGGGAAAAUGGGAUUUACUCACUGGGACUGGGAUUUAGCCACUGGGAAUGGGAUGAUCAAUUAUAAAAUGGGAAUGGGAUUUCUUUUCUUCAGCGGUCUUUGGUCCAAUAUUUUGAAAUAGAAAAAUAAAAUUUCGUAGCAAUAGACCUUGCACUCCUCAGUAGAGACCGUGAAAUCAGUAUUUUUCGCCUUCGCGCCCGCGGUCUAGCUACCAGCUAGCAGUGAAAGCGAAGACAGUGAGUCAGACGAGGAUUGUGCAGAUGAUAGAAUUGGUUUUCAUAUGGUUAUGUCAACAAGGGCUGAAAGAGAAAGAGUGUUCACCAGCAGAAUGAGAGAUUUUCUUCAGUCCUGGUGAAGGUACACGUAUCCAAAUAGCGUCAAUCAGUGCAUUUAAUUUAUUAUGUGCAUGAUUUUGCAAAUAAUCAUUAGUAAUGGGAUUUUAGAUUUGGUAACUGGGAUUUUGGCAAAAAUUAGCCUGGGAACUGGGAUUUGGUACCCCCCUUCACGACCCUCAACAAACAAACAACAACAAAUUUUAUUGAAAAUUGGAAAAUAACUAAUUACAUUACUUUCACACCCGCAAAUAGCUUAUGAACUAAUCGAGGCGGGGGAAGCUGAAGACAUAUUACAAAACAAGAUUUACAUAUAGAUGGACUAAAUAACAGUGAAGACACUACAAUACAGUAAAUAGAAUUUAAACUAACAUAAAACAAGGCAUGUACAUAACGAUUACGAAGAGAGGCUAACCUAAAGUAUUAAAUAACUUAAUAAGACGGGAAAAUUCGACAUAAUCAUCUUCUGACCGCAAAAAAUUUAGUAAUAAUUCCUUUAUUUUUUUACGAAAGGACGAGCGUUUAAGUAUUUUAAUCGAAUACGGAAUAGAGUUCCAAAUUUGGGCACCGAUUCUCGUGAAAAAGGCAAAAUUUCCCAACUAAUUUUUCAAGGAAAUGUAUGGAGAUCGUUCUGGAGAACUCGUAUGUGGACAUUAGAUUUAAAGGGUAAAGUUGUUUUUGGUCUGAGACAAGAAAUGGAUUCCGAGACCCUAGCGAAACUUUCCACCCAAAUGUUCUUACGUAAACCGUCCAUAGAAAGGCUGCUCCAAGAAAUGGUCCAGAAUGGGCAAAGGAGCGACCAUCGAAUGUUUUAUGAUUUAUAGUCCUUGGAACACAACAACUGUAUUUUUCAAAGCUGAAAAUCUAUGACCUUUUUUAUUAUUAAAAACAGGUUGCGUUGAAGCUCUUGGUAUGGAAAGCGGAGCAAUCACAGAUGCCCAGCUUUCCGCCUCUUCAGAAUGGGGUGGCAGAUACCUACACGCUCCAAGGCAAGGGAGGUUAAAUUUCCAGUCAGAUCCCGGCAAGAAAGCGGGUGCUUGGUGCCCUCGUAAAAAUGACCCAGAUCCCUGGCUUCAAGUUGAUUUUAGGAGUUACACAACGGUGACUCGCAUCGCAACACAAGGGAGAAAUGGAUGGGGGAAUUGGUGGGUGACCAAGUUCCGAAUACUGUACAGUGAUAAUGGAAUGUCCUUUCAGUACUACAAACAGCCAUCGGACAACUCGGCCAAGGUAAACGUUCAUGCAGUGGGCGUAGCGAGCUUUUCGACUUUUUGGCUGACUUUCAUUUCCACAUAUCCUGAGGGAAAAAUUUGGCUCUGACGUGGCUUAAACAACACUUGAAAUAAACUAGAAAUGUCACCGCUUACACAAUUUCGGUAGGAAUAAGAUCGCAGCGCACAAUGGAAAGAUUGGAUGUGAUACCGUCGAAUAUACAACGGCUUUCCUGUAUUCUGAUUGGCUGUAUUUACUAUGGCAUGGUAUAAAAGUGGAUGCAUACCGGCGACAUAUUAUCGCUGGGAUGCUCCGGUGGACAUGUAUCCCUCCCAGGGAGCAGUAGCCGUGAUUACUCCUAGUCGUCUUAUGCUAUAGAAAGCGGGAUAUACGUCCCGGUCGGAUGGGCCUCUUGGCUCAUGUAAACUUUACUUUAUUUAUUUUACAGGAAGAAAGAACGAUCAUGGCUAAUUCUAGGGGUUUGAAUUAUAUUGAACAAGAAAAUUAGGGGUACUUAAAUUAUAAUGGGAUAUCUACACUUGGGGUCCUAUAAUUCUAGUGAUACCAGUGAGAAUAAAACGCAGAUGAAUUGCUUGCACUAAGUUAUUUUUUUUGUUGUUGCGCCGAGGUCCCAACAGACUUCCCUGGCAGUUAAUCAUGCUACUUUUUCUUUGUAGGUUAUCUUUAAGGGGUAAUGUUUACUAACGUGACGAUCUGCAUCGUUCUUUCACUAGAUUUUUGACGGGAAUAAAGACAAGGAC